AUAAGUUGUCAAAUCGCUUCCUUUACGACAUCACGAUCACAGUUCUAUGUCGACUAAUAAUAUAUAAAGUAUUAUUGAAGUUUAUGGUUAAGCUCUAGUAUACCUCCUUAAUUUUUUUAAAGCUGUGGUCAUUAGUAUUUUAUUGUACGGUAUAUAUGUGUACUUAAAAACCGCGUUAGAUUCCGUGUCAAUUUAAUUGAAAGUUUCCUAUUACAAAGACAUUUUAGUUUCCACAAUGACUACAGCACCGAGUGGAACACAUAAUUUCAAAGUGGUUUUGUUAGGCGAAGGCUGCGUUGGAAAAACAUCGAUAUUACUCCGAUACAUCGAAGAUAAAUUCAACGAUAAACAUUUGACUACACUACAGGCAACAUUCUUAAACAAGAAACUUAACAUCAAUGGAAAACGUAUUAAUCUCUCAAUUUGGGAUACAGCUGGUCAGGAGAAGUUUCAUGCUUUGGGUCCUAUAUAUUAUAGAAACUCAAAUGGUGCAAUACUAGUUUAUGAUAUUACAGAUGAAGAUUCGUUUGGAAAGGUUAAGAACUGGGUCAAGGAAUUGAAGAAAAUGCUUGGAUCGGAUAUUGUUUUGAUAAUAGCAGGCAACAAAGUUGAUCUAGAACAUGAGAGAACAGUGCCUCUUGAAGAAGCUGAGAGCUAUGCAGAUAUGGUUGGCGCUAAGCAUUUCUACACGUCGGCAAAGUUGAAUCAAGGCGUUGAAGAACUAUUUUUGGAGCUGACAAGGGAAAUGGUUGAACGGUUUGAGCAAAACACCCGGACUGAUUCAAAUAGAACCUCUAGAGUUCUAGUCGUCGAUGAUGAAGCACCAACUCAGUCAACUUGCUGCUUAGGAUAUCGAAGUAAUUGAAAUGCUUAUGUAGGUAAUAUUCGAUGUAUAUAAAUAUUCUAUCUUAUUGUUCGACUCUAUUUAUGGAACUUAUUAUAUCAAUGUGUAACAUUGACUUGUAGAUCAAUUGACUAAAAUAAAUUUGUUUAACUUUAAUACUUUUCGAUAUCCAAAAAUUGGGUUCUCAAUACCCACAGCUAGACAUUAUUACAUAACUACAAUAUACAAUGACAAAAUUCAACUGGAGCUUGAAUUAUAAUCAUUAUAUACAAUAGUAGAAAAGAACUGGUAUUAAACUGUAUAUUUUUCUUUAUUCUAUUAAUUUGUACCUACAUUGAAUUUACUAAUUUCGUGUUAGUGCAACUGCAUUGUAAACCUUAAGAAAGAUACUAUUUAAACAAAAUUUUAGAACUAAAGGAAAAUAAUUCUUGUUUUAAACAUAGGGAAUGUUAUUUUAAAGAUGUUUAGAUUAUGUAUUCUACUAUUAUCAUUAUAGUUAAUGGCUACUAUAUACUUUACUACUAUAUAAUUACUAAAUAACUUUCUCAUUUUUAGGCAUGUAAAUUUUUAUGUUUUAGAAAUUUAUCAGUUGCUCUCAAGAUAUUACCUUUGUGCAUAUUUACUUUGUUAUCUGUUUGAUAGCCCACAAAGAUAAAUCCUAAAACUAUUUAUAGAACUUUUUUGAGUACUAAAAUUUAUAAUGAUGUUUAAUGAAAGUAUGGGCUUACUCUCUCAUUGUUGAUUAUGAUUUUAUAUGUAAAAAUGAACUUAUUUAUUUCCCAAAGGAAAUUCAUUUAUAAUAAUUAUAAAUAUAAUAAAUCACUGUGAAUCAUUUACUAAGUAGUCUAUAUAUUUCUCAAGACAGUUAAAUAAUGCAACAGAGUAAUUAUAAUUGUUGCAACAAACUUUUUACUCUGCCACAAUUAUUAAAUUACUGUAACAUUAAAUGGUUAUUAAUGGUAAAUGGUAUAUUCAUUUUAUUUGAAAUUCACAUGAAAUUUAAUUAACAUUCCUUCUUUAUCAAA